AUGCAUUCAAUUAGAUUAAUGUCGGUCUUGACGUGUUCGAAACUUUCCCCAGAAAGAACAUCUUUGAGGUUUCUAACGAGAAAUAAUAAAUUUUUAUUGGCAGUCAGACAAUAUAAAUCAGAAUACUUUUGGUCUGAAAACACAAAUUGCUUAAAUACCAUUUACAACUCGCUCUGUGUGACGCAUGUUACAUAUUGCAGCCUGGUGUGGGCAUCGGCUUACAGAACAAGAACUAACCCGAUCAAAACUCUGAUGAAAAGAGCGCUGUCGAACCAGUUGCCAUCAUCUUUCAACGGAUACUACAAGCCAACUCAGUCGACUAGAUUUGUGCAAUCCGUGGCGUCAAACAAGAGCAAGACCAACAUAAUGUUCUCUCAUGUGUACUGCGUCGAACAACGAAUAUGGAACAAGCUCCUGAAACGAGGAUUCUUAAAUCUUAUUUUAAUAUUUUUUCUUUAA